GGAAGAGGAGAGCGAUCUUACGACAUAUUCUCUCGUCUCCUGCGAGAGCGAGUCAUCAUGCUUUACGGCCCAAUACGUGACACAGACUCUGCUCUGAUAGUCGCACAGCUCCUGUUUCUUGAGGCCGAGGAAACCUCAAAGCCGAUCCAUCUAUACAUCAACUCUCCUGGAGGUAGUGUAACCGCAGGUCUCGCGAUAUAUGAUACAGUAAGAUACGUUUCAUCACCAAUCCACACAUACUGUGUCGGCCAAGCAAGCUCGAUGGGCUCUCUUCUCCUUGCUGCAGGCGAGAACGGCAAAAGGCACUGUCUUCCAAACGCCAGCAUCAUGAUUCACCAGCCUUCGGGAGGCGCUUCAGGGCAAGCGUCAGACAUCGCGAUUCACGCCAAGGAGAUCCUCCGCAUCCGCAAGCUCUUGACUGGCAUCUACCAGAAGCACUGUGCCCAGAGCGGCGAGUCGGAGGAAGCUGGAGUUCAGCGCUUCGAAACGGCGCUCGAGAGGGAUUACUUCAUGACGGCCCAAGAAGCGCUCGCAUUUGGCAUCGUCGACGGCAUACUCGAGAAGCGCCCGAAGUUCGACGGUGACAGCCCCUAGCUGUCGGCAUGCCCGCGCUGAUUUGCUGUUUGUUCCGACGCGCACCUAUCACCUUUUCGCGCUGGAUCACGCGGUGCUUGCAUCCGAUGUACUUAAUGCGAACAUGCACGCCGUGCAUUCAUGCC